AUGGCUCCUAACAAUCUGCAAAGUGAUCAAGUGGCCGCCGCCGCCGCCGCCGCCGCCGACGAUUCAUCCACUUCUCCAAUUGACAAUGCCGCCCCAAGUUUGAUUGAGGAGAGUGCAGUGAGCACUGCAACUAGUGCUGCAUCUCCGGGCAAUGCCAACGCCAAUAAACCAAAGUCAUUCUGGGACCCGAACGAGGAGAAGGCUGCCUGCGGUGUCGGUUUCAUUGUCAACAUCAACGCCCAGGCGUCCAACAGGCUGCUCCUCAAUGCACAGACCAUCAGCGAUCGCAUGGAGCACCGAGGUGCCACCUCGGGUGACAACUCCACCGGAGACGGCGCCGGUUUGCUCACCUCGAUUCCGCACUCUUUCUACAAGGUGGCACUCAAAGCCUCGCACGACAUUGAUCUGCCUGAGCUGGGCAAGUACGCCACCGGCAUACUCUUCCUCGACAAGAUCACCUCCGACCAGGUGGAGGAGCGCUUUGAGCUGAUCGCCACUGAGAACGGCUUGAAGAUUCUCUGCUGGCGAACGGUGCCGAAGAACUCUUCGGUCAUCGGAGAGAUGGCCGGUUCGCAGGAGCCACUGAUGCGCCAGGUUUUCAUCGAACCGGUGGAUCCGGCCACGAGCGACGCCGAGUUCAAGCGAAAGCUCUUUGUGCUGCGCAAGUCAUCAACUCACAAGUUGAUCAACGAGGGUUUCCGCUACUACAUCUGCAGCCUUUCUACGUCCAUUGUCGUCUACAAGGGCCAGUUCACGCCCGCCCAGCUGUGGCAGUACUUUGACGACCUGCGCGAGACCAACUUUGAGUCGUACCUGGCCAUUGUGCACGCCCGCUUCUCCACCAACACCUAUCCCUCCUGGGAGCGGGCGCACCCGAAUCGCUACCUGGCGCACAACGGCGAGAUCAACACCCUCCGCGGGAACAUCAACCUGAUGCGCGCCCGCGAGGGCGUCAUGCGCUCCUCCAUCUUCGGCGACAAACUGCCGGAGCUCUACCCCGUCGUCGAGCCGAACAUGUCCGACUCGGGCUCGCUGGACAAUGUCCUCGAGUUUCUGGUCACCGUUGGCGGGCGCUCCCUCCCCGAGGCGGUGAUGACCAUGGUCCCUGAGGCCUGGCAGAACGACACGCAGAUGAACCCGGAGAAGCGGCUCUUCUACAAGUGGGCCGGCUGCGCCAUGGAGCCCUGGGACGGGCCCGCACUGCUCACCUUCACUGACGGCCGCUACAUCGGCGCCAUCCUCGACCGAAACGGCCUCCGUCCGGCCCGGUACUACCAAACGGAGAAUGGCGACGUCAUCAUGGCCUCCGAGGUGGGCGUCAUCGACGUGCCCAACUCGAAGAUCGUCGUCAAGCAGCGCCUGAAGCCCGGCCGGAUGUUGCUGAUUGACACGCAGGAGAAACUGUUCGUCAAGGACGAGCAGAUCAAGAUGGACAUCGCCAGCAAGUCGCAGUACGCCGAGUGGCUGAAGGAGCUCUUCACCAUCGGCGACCUGCAGCGGGCGAAGAACGUCGCCCCGCUGACCACCUUCAAGCGACGGGCCGUCCUGUUGGAGGGCCGCAGCGAGGAGGAGGUAGAAGGUCGUGCCAAGGUCCUUGAAGAUCGCCGCCUGGCGAUGUUCGCCUACACCACCGAGACCAUCAACAUGCUGCUGCUGCCGAUGGUGAAGACCAAGAAGGAGGCCCUCGGGUCGAUGGGCAACGACGAGCCACUCGCCUGUCUGUCCCUCUACCAGCCUCUCAUCUUCAGCUACUUCAAGCAGCUCUUCGCCCAGGUCACCAACCCGCCGAUCGACCCCUUCCGCGAGAAGAUUGUCAUGUCGCUGGCCUGCCCCGUCGGUCCCGAGGCAAACAUUCUGGAGCCGACGGCGGAGCAGUGCCGCCGCCUGUGGCUGGAGCAGCCGAUCGUCUCCAUUCCCGACUGUGAGAUCAUCAAAGAGACCUCGUACAAGGGCUGGAAGACCAAGGUCAUUGACUGCGUUUUUCCGGUGGCCGAAGGGCGACAGGGGCUGCUGAAGCGCCUGGACCACAUUCGCAAGGAGGCCUGUGAGGCGGCUCGCAAGGGCUACACCGUCAUCGUCCUGAGCGACCGAAAGGCGGGGCCCAAGUUUGUGCCGGUUAGCAUCCUGCUGGCCCUGGGCAGCACCCACCACUACCUGAUCAACGAGCGGCAGCGCAUGAAGGUGGCCCUCAUCUGCGAGACGGGCGAGGCCCGCGAGGUGCACCACAUGUGCGUGCUUCUGGGUUACGGCGCCGACGCCAUCUGCCCCUACCUGGUCUUCGAGACGGUGGCCGCCCUGCGCGAGGAGGGCAUCAUCGAGCUGGCCGACGAGGACGCCUACCGCAACUACUUCGUCGCCAUGGAGACGGGCAUCGCCAAGGUCAUGGCGAAGAUGGGCAUCAGCACGCUACAGAGCUACAAGGGCGCGCAGAUCUUCGAGGCGGUCGGCUUGGGCGAGGACGUCAUUGAGCUGUGCUUCAAGAACACGCCUUCUCGAGUGGGAGGGAUCAGCUUCAACGUGCUGGCUGACGAGGCGCUGGAGCGACAUUCGAUUGCCUUCAAUAAGAAGUACUUUACCGACCAGCUGAUUCUGCGCAACCCGGGCUUCUACCACUGGCGAUCGGGCGGGGAGAAGCACAUCAACGAUCCGAUGGCCAUUGCCAGUCUCCAGGAGGCGGCCUCAGCCAACUCCCGCCAGGCGUACAAAAGCUUCGUUCAGGCGACGCGAAACGCCGUCAAGGACUGCGCCCUGCGCGGCCAGCUCGAUUUUGUGUACGCCACAAAGGCCGUCCCGCUGGACGAGGUGGAGCCGGCGGUGAGCAUCGUCAAGCGCUUCUGCACCGGCGCCAUGUCCUUUGGCUCCAUAAGCUACGAGACGCACACCACCCUGGCCAUGGCCAUGAACGCCAUUGGGGGCAAGUCGAACACCGGCGAGGGCGGCGAGGACGCGGAGCGGUGGAUUGUCAAGGACGAGAAUGCCAAUCGCCGGUCGGCCAUCAAGCAGGUGGCCAGUGGCCGCUUCGGCGUCACCGCCGCCUACAUCGCCAACGCCGAUGAGCUGCAGAUCAAGAUGGCGCAGGGGGCGAAGCCGGGCGAGGGCGGCGAGCUGCCCGGCCACAAGGUCUCCGUGGAGAUCGCCAAGACGCGACACUCGGUGCCCGGCGUGGGCCUCAUUUCGCCGCCGCCCCACCACGACAUCUACUCCAUCGAGGACCUCUCCGAGCUGAUCUACGAUCUGAAGUGCUCCAACCCGGAGGCGCGAAUCUCGGUUAAGCUGGUCAGCGAGGUGGGCGUGGGCAUUGUGGCGGCCGGCGUGGCCAAGGGCAAGGCUGAGCACAUCACCAUCUCCGGACACGACGGCGGCACGGGCGCCUCCAGCUGGACCGGCAUCAAAAAUGCCGGCCUCCCCUGGGAGCUGGGCAUCAGUGAGACCCAUCAGGUGCUAGUAGCAAACAACCUCCGCUCCCGAGUCGUCCUCCAGUGUGACGGACAGAUUCGCACCGCCUCCGAUGUGAUCAUCGCCGCCCUGCUGGGCGCCGAUGAGUUUGGCUUCUCCACCGCGCCCCUCAUUACCCUGGGCUGCAUCAUGAUGCGCAAGUGCCACCUGAACACCUGUCCGGUGGGCAUCGCCACGCAGGACCCGGAGCUGCGCAAGAAGUUCAAGGGCGCCCCGGAGCACGUCAUUAACUACUUCUUCCUGCUAGCGGAGGAGAUUCGCGAGGAGAUGGCCAAGCUGGGCAUUCGCCGCUUCCAGAACCUGAUCGGCCGCACUGAGCUACUCCACUUUUCGCCCAACCAGAAGAACCCCAAGGCGCAGAUGCUCGACUACACGCUGAUCCUCUGCAAUGCCCUCUCCCUCCGCCCGGAGACGAACAUCGUCGGCGGCUCGGUGAAGCAGGACUUUGAGCUGCAGAAGCGCAUGGACAACAUCCUCAUUGACCGUUCCAAGAAGAUCAUCAGCGGCAACUUCCUCGAGCCGGUCAACGCCGAGUUCACCAUCACCAACCAGGACCGAGCCUUCGGCGCCACGCUCAGCUACCACAUCGCAAAGCGUUUCGGGGAGGACGGCCUCCCGAAAAACCUGAUCUUCGUGAAGCUGACCGGCAGCGCCGGCCAGUCCUUCUGUCUCUUCCUCUCAAAAGGCGUUGUCGUGGAGUUGGAGGGCGAGUGCAACGACUACGUCUGCAAGGGCCUUUCCGGCGGCGAGGUGGUCAUCUACCCGCCGAAAGACCUGCCUGAGUCCUUCAAGUCGGAGAGCAACGUCAUCGUGGGCAACGUCUGCCUCUACGGCGCCACCUCCGGCAAGGCCUUCAUUCGGGGCAUCGCCGCGGAGCGCUUCUGCGUCCGCAACUCGGGCGCCGUCGCCGUGGUGGAGGGCGUCGGCGACCACGGCUGCGAGUACAUGACUGGCGGCACCUGCGUCAUCCUCGGCCUCACCGGACGGAACUUCGCUGCGGGCAUGUCCGGCGGCAUUGCCUACGUCUACGACGUGGACGGCAAGUUUGAGCUUCGCUGCAACAAGGCGAUGGUGGACCUGUUUCCCCUCGAGGAGGAGAAGGAGAUCUCCAAGCUGGCGGAGCUGAUCAACGAGUUCUGCGAGCGCACCGGCUCCACCGUGGCCGAGCACAUUCUCGACGAGUGGGAGGCAGAGUCGAAGAAGUUCAUCAAGGUGUUUCCUCACGAGUACCAACGCGUGCUGAACGACAUGAAACUGAAGAAGCCGCUCAUUCCCAGUCGACGACCCAGUCCGGCGACGACGCCCAGCGAGCCGCCGAAAGACAUCGAGGACCUCAUUCCCGACCCGAAUAAGCUGGACAAGGUGAAGGGCUUCAUGAAGUACAAGCGCAUUAAGACGUACUACAAGAAG